CCAUUGCCUCACCCUCUUAGAGCGAAAGAAAUUGACCAUGCAUCCAAAUCAUGAUAUCUCAAGUCCUAACCACAUGCAACAACAAGACUACUUCCACUUAAACCAGUAUUAUUACAACAACUUAAUCCCUUCAACCAACAACAAUCUCAAUCUCAUCCCAUACCCUCAAAUUCAAGAACUCAAUCUACAAUCUCCAGCAAGCAACAACUCCACCACGUCAGAUGAAGCAACUGAAGAUAUGUUCGUCAUCAACGAGAGAAAGCAAAGACGUAUGGUAUCUAACAGAGAAUCAGCAAGAAGGUCAAGAAUGAGAAAGCAAAGACACUUGGAUGAGCUUCUCUCGCAGGUUGCUUGGCUUAGAAGCGAGAACCAACAGAUUUUAGAUAAGCUUAACCAAGCCACGAAUAGCAAUGAUCUUGUUCUUAAAGAGAACUUGAGUCUCAAAGAGGAAAACUUGGCCCUUCAUCAAGUUAUCACAUCGAUGAAGAAGGUUAGAGGAAGCAGAAGCAUCAAUGGCAGAUAUAGUUCUUCUUCCUUGGAUCAUGAUUUGGAUCAAGACUUGUCUUCUAUUACAGAUGAUCCUAGAACUCAUCAUCCAUCAUAAGUUGUUUAUUCUCUCUAGUCUAUUGUAUGUUUUUUUUGUUUUGGUAUCCGUCAAAUUCCGGCCCAUAUAUAUAUCUUUUUGGGCCGUAAGCAAAAGCGGGUUUUAAUGUAUCGUUUUAUUGCGCCAGAUUUAUGUCUAGCACCGUUUGAAACAUUAUUUUCUUACGGUUUAACAACGUACCAAAGUU